ACCCCUACUGGCACAGACUGGCACCCAAAUAACCAGAUGUGAGAGUGAUAAAACGCGCAGCAGAUCCUGGCAUUGCACGGCGCCUUCUGAUUUGCCUGCGCCCUUUCUGCCCGCUGUCGUUUAUCGCACACCAGAUAAUAACAAAAGAAAACCCACUAAGACGCAGAUGUCUUCCUCUUUUCAAGCUCUUUCACCGUCCGAUCACCUCGGUCCCCGUAGCGCACACUUCCACGAGCGUCCAGGUCUAAUUUUUGGCUGCCUUCCAUUUUUAUUACUUAAUCGGUGAAAAAAGUGGGGACAUAAAGCGGCAGCAGCGAAAAGCGGAAAACGUAAGAUUAGAGAAAGAGAUAAAAGAGAAAGCAUUGUUGACCGGAGAAAUAGAGAGAGAUUUCGAAGAAAAAAAAAAGUGAGGUAUAAGGGGACCUAAUAAUCUCACAGAGGGGGACGGCAGCGGCGAUGGGGAUCUCCAUCCUGGUGGUGGCCGUGAUCUUGUUCCUCGACCUCUUCGCCUUCGUCCUCGCCGUGGGCGCAGAGAUGCGGAGGAACACAGGGAGGGUGGUGCCGGACGAGUAUGAUGAACGGACGUACUGUCAGUACGACUCGGACGCGUCGACGGCGUACGGGCUGGGGGCGUUCGGGAUGUUGCUGGUGAGCCAGGCGGUGGUGAGCGGCGUCACCCGCUGUUUCUGCUUUGGCCGGGGGCUUACCCCCGGUAGGUCCAGGGCCUGCGCUGUCGCUUCCUUUGUUCUCUCCUGGUUGAGUUUUGUGGUGGCUGAGGCAUGCCUUGUGGCAGGGUCGGCUAGGAAUGCGUACCACACAAAGUAUCUUGGUUACUAUGCCAAGCACGACUUGUCAUCAUGUGCAGCACUGCGAAAGGGCGUCUUUGCAGCAGCAGCUGCAUUGGUGUUGGUUUCCAUGGUGGUGUCGCUUUUAUUCUAUUGGAGCUACUCCAAGGCUGACACUGGAGGAUGGGUUAAGCACCAAAAUGAGGGUGGCGUGGGAAUGGCAGAGUAUGGCCCAAAUAAGGCCAAGGCUUCAUCACUGCUUACUGGCGAUUGAGAGGAAGCACGAACCCCGGCACAGGUUUUAAGAUCAUGGUACAAAAUCCUUCAUGCUUCAGAUAAAGCGUCUAAACCAUAAAGAGGUCGGAUCGCUACGUGCAUUGUUUCAUGAUUUUGAAAAUAAGCCUGAGAGGAUACGUAGCCUGUGAAUGUCCAAAUCACCAGUUUUCCUUGGCCGGAUGGUAUUUGCCAAGAGAAUGUAUAAAUGUAACUCUAAAUUCAAAAACUUUAUAAAUACUCCUAUUAUGAUCGUGGCGUCAGGAUAAAAAUUUCUUGUUAUUAAUUAAGCU